GAAACUCCUAUCUCUCUGCGGAAACUCCUAUCUCCAAGACACCCAUAUAGCUGGAGCUUUGAAUCAAUGGAGAAAGUUGCUGCCACACGACUCUUGAUUUGCGGUUUAUUUGCUGUACUUUGUUUGUUCUCUUGCCCAGCAACUUCCUCGGAAGUCGAGGACGAAAGUGAGUUCAGUUACGAGGAAGAUGAAAAGAAUGGACCAUCUGGAUGGGGAGAGAUCAAACCAGAAUGGAGACUCUGCAAUACUGGAAAAAUGCAAUCGCCCAUUGAUUUGUUGAAUAAAAGGGUUCAAGUGGUGUCCCAUUUAGGGGCCCUUCAGAUGAAGUACCACCCUUCCAAUGCCACUCUUAAGAAUAGAGGCCACGAUAUCAUGUUGGAAUGGGCUGCAGGCGCAGGCUACCUUCAAAUCAACGAAACUCAGUAUAUUCUCAGACAAUGCCACUGGCAUUCUUUCUCAGAACAUACCAUCGAUGGCAAAAGAUUUGAUCUGGAGUUACAUAUGGUGCACGAAACGGAAGCAGGAGAAGCAGCUGUAAUUGGGAUACUGUACAAGAUUGGUAAACCAGAUGCUUUCUUGUCAUCGUUAAGGGAUGAUAUAAAGGCCAUAUCUGAUAAGACUGACGCAGAAGAAAACGUGGGAAUAGUUGAUCCUUGGCUGAUUAAACCGAGUAGCUUGAGGUAUUACAGAUACAUGGGUUCUCUCACCACACCUCCUUGUACUGAAAACGUUGUUUGGACCAUCCUUGCAGAGGUGAGAACUGUUUCAAAAAAACAAGUCAAGUUGCUUCGAGAUGCUGUUCAUGACGGAUCAGAGACUAAUGCAAGACCACUGCAGCCAAUAAACAACCGUUUGGUGGAACUCUAUAAACCAAAGGCUUAUAAAAAAGAUUGAACUUCAACGCACCGUCCGAUUCAAAUAUAUCUUCUUAUACAUUAUUUGCCUCCUGGCUAUGAUCAUUAUCACACAUUUGGUCCAAUAAUUAGUUAUUGCCAUUUGCGCUAGCCAUCUCUACGUUAAUUUUUGUAUCUUUCUAUAUUGUAUAAUAAUACCAGAGUGUUUGACUUUACAUAGA